AUGGCCGCGAGCUCGGUCGCCUUCCCCAGUGCGCGCUCGGCUCGGUCCAGCGUGGACACGUCCACCUACUCCCUCUCCCACCACCAGACCGCCGCCGAGGUCUGCGAGCUCUUCUACGGCGACUCCCCACCCGCCUGGGCUGCCGUCGAACGCUUCUAUGACCCCAACGCCACCUACGAGAACCCUUGCCUCACCGCAACGUCGAGGGAAACCAUCAGCGACGUUCAUUUGCUUUCGAGAUAUCUCUCUCAACUCGAUGUUCCCAAGCCAGGCGCCGUGCUCUGCACCCUCUUCAGACUGUCGGCCGACCACCGUUGGAGGGAUGCGUGGUUCAGGGGAGUGCGGAUGUGGAACGAGAUUAACGAGAUAUCGGAAUGCGACAGCUUCGAUGGGCACAAACGGACGAUGGUAGAACAUACCCUACAUGUCCUCGUACUUCCUGGCUUGCAUCUUCAAACUCACCAGCCGCCUACAAGCGACGUGCAUGCGUUGUCGGACUCGGUACUGGCACUUUCCCCGAGCGAACGGCAUUUGGGCGCGGGUUAUCAGCACCCUGAGCUCUCAUUUUGGCCACCUUCGCCCUUCCACCUGAAGCUCCCCAUCAUCACGAAACUCUCCUUCAAUGACGCCGACAAGAUCACCCACCACCGCGACUUCUGGGACGUCAAGGACCUUCUCGGCCUCGUCCCCGGCAUGACGCUAUUUCAGUGGAUCAGCGGACGACUUGCUGCUCAAAGCAUUCGCACCAUCGUGCGCGCGAGCCGCGCACUCUUCGGCGGAACCCCUGCCCCACGCGACGAAGAAGCGGGCCAGCGCAGCUCGCGCGUCGGGUUCACAUCCACACGCUCCCUUUCGGACCUCUCCUAG